UUUUUCGGCCAUAAAAGCCCCCGGAACGAAGCGCCAAGCAAACAGUCUUUGUCACGCCAUCACCAUGAAAUUCCUGUAUAUGCUGCUGAGCAUUUGCAUCUUCCUGCUGUGCGCCCCCUGGUCAACGGCCCAGACCAUACCCACCCUUGCUCUGCCGGAUCCAACACCUCCAAAUGGAGCUCCCGUAGAAGGCGACAGCACAAGCUUCCCCGGGCCACCAUCCGCAUCACCUACAGAACCCACACCCCAAGUCAACACCAUAUAUCCAAUUUAUUGAUACAAUAUCUGAUGAUAUUUGAAUUAAAAAUUGAAUUGCAAGUUUA